AUGAGUUCAAUACAGAGCGAAUGGUCCAAGCUGGAAGUGGCCCAGAAGAAGCUGGACCUGCAAAGGGAACGCUUUGCCUUGGAACAGGAAAUGUUUAAAGCGGAAAAGAAGAAGCAGAAGCGAAGUGCGAAAAAGCAACAACGAGAGAUGCUUGAAAAGCUUGGAAGUAUCACUGAAGAGGCAUCUGCUGCUACUGACAGCAAUUCCUUAGAGCUGGGAAUGAUUAAGGAACAGCUUGCCGAGGCGCAGAAAUCAAUAUCAGCUGUCACAACUGAAAAGGAGAACAUUGAAAAAGAAAGAGACGAGUUAAAACAAAGAUUGACGAUACAACUGGAGGAGCAGGACUUGGCAAGUGUUCACGAAGAGCAGAGGGUGAAAGUAAUGGAAGAGCGUCUGGGGAUGCUCGAAAGAGAGUGUAAGCAGCUCACAGCCGAAAAUAGGGAUAUACAGGAAUCAUUGACGGCGGCACGUGCUGCAGCGACUGUGGAAGCUACAAAGGGCCCUGACGACGAUCUUGAGCGCGAAAAUGUUCGGCUACAGCGACAGGUCCUAGAAAGGGAGCGCCAGAUUGAUGACUGGAAGCUAUUGAUUCCUAGAAAUAAACUUCUACUGGAGCAAAAGCAAGCACAGAUUGAGAGACUCAACACACAAUUGAAAGAGUACCAACAGAAGAAUGAAGAGCAAGCUUCCAUUAUUCAAGAGCUGCAGCUCACCAAGCAAGCGUUUGUGGAACAACGUGAACAGCAGCAAUUGGAACUAGAAGAGCUGAAAGAAGACAAAGAAGCGCUCCAAACAAUAUUUGAUGAAACCAAAGAUCUCUUGGAUUCACUUGAUCUUGAUGAUGUUCGAACUCCAGAGAGUGAGGAACGACAGGAGCGACUUGGUCAACUUCGUGAGGCGCGAAAGAUUAUGAACUCUACUUUUGGCGAGAAGUUUGGGUACGGUGCUGUGGAAAUGGCGCACAUUCUCCCGUCAGAUCUUCCUGGUGAGGUUAUGCAGGGGAAGAAGCACGUAAUCGAGUGGGCAUGCAAUAUUGGUCGAUCGCCUGGUGUUUACACUGGAUGGCUCGAUAUCGAGGGCAAUCCCGAUGGUCAUGGUCUGAUUCGGUUUGAUGACCAAUCAAUUUAUGUUGGACAGUGGUUGCAUGGACAGAGACAUGGUGAUGGUGUCUUCUUGACUGUUGAUGGUGAUUUGUACAAAGGGGGUUAUAAAAGCGAUAGAUUUCAUGGAAGAGGCGUCUAUAUUUGGCCGGACGGGCAAGUCUAUCUUGGUGACUACGUGGAUGGAAUUCGGGAAGGAAGAUGCAUCGAAACUUGGCCCAUUGGAUCGCGAUACGAAGGAGAGUAUCAUCAAGAUCAACGGAAUGGUCUUGGAGAGUAUAUCUAUCCAGACGGUCGGCGUUAUAAAGGUGAACACAAGAAUGAUAAGUUGCAUGGCACGGGAAUUCAAACAGCAUCCGAUGGCACCGUCUUGUAUGAAGGUACAUGGACUAUGGGGGAAUUUCUCAACGGUUAG